AUGCCAUCCAGCAGUGAGGCAAGAGCUGCUACUGCCAUGGUGGCUUCCACGAGUUAUCGAGGUGCUUCAGCUAUUAAACUUCUUUCUCCUCAGGUUGGCCAGUUCCCCAGAGGUCUACUUAGACACUCACUGACUCCUCCUUCAGUUCACGCUGUGCGUGUGAUCCACUUAGGAUACCCCAUAUAUCCCAGCUGCAUGAAAUAUCAUUGGGCAGCUCGAAAUUCUGGGGACUACAAAGUCAUAGAGAAACCUAUUAUGAAUGCUAAUGCAGUGUUGAAGGUGCUUGCUACAGCUAGGCUUAACCUCAGAAAUGAGUUGAAAUCCUUGUUCUUAUUUGAAUUAAGGGUUGAUCCCUUCUCCAAAAAGGACUGGUACGAUGUCAAAGCGCCGGCAAUGUUUAAUAUCCGAAACAUUGGGAAGACGCUCGUCACCAGGACCCAAGGAACAAAAAUUGCCUCUGAUGGACUUAAGGGCCGAGUAUUUGAAGUGAGUCUGGCAGACCUGCAGAAUGAUGAAGUUGCCUUCCGUAAAUUUAAACUGGUAACUGAGGAUGUUCAGGGCAAAAAUUGUCUGACCAACUUCCAUGGAAUGGACCUGACUCGGGACAAGAUGUGCUCCAUGGUCAAAAAAUGGCAGACGAUGAUUGAAGCCCACAUCGACGUGAAGACCACGGAUGGUUACCUGCUGCGUCUCUUCUGCGUGGGCUUCACGAAGAAGCGCAACAACCAGAUCCGCAAGACCUCGUAUGCGCAGCACCAGCAGGUCCGCCAGAUCCGCAAGAAGAUGAUGGAAAUCAUGACCCGAGAAGUGCAGACCAACGACCUCAAGGAAGUUGUCAAUAAGCUGUAA